AUGUCAGGGCGGGCCGAGGAGGAGAGUGCGUCGAGCGAGGCGCACACGACCCCCACGCGGGCCUCCUCGCGCAAGGAUAAGCGGCGCAUCAACAAGAUCCGUGAUCUGCCGCGGCGCCUAUCGCUCUCGCGCGAGUCGCGGCCGAGCCCGCACGCGAUGAGCCCCAUGGAAAGCAGCUCGCCUGUCCGCUCCGAGACGCUCAGCGAGAGUGCGGCGGUCAGUGCGGGGAUGGGCCACCGGCACACGGUGUCGGAAGACGUCCGCGCGGACGAGCCGGGGAGCGAGGCGGCAAUUCCCCGCCGUAUCGUCCAGUGGAUUAACCGCGUGGCGAACAGCAGCGAAGAGAGCGCCGUCGUGGAGAGCGAGGAGACGCCGUUAUCGAUACCCACAGGGCCCGAGACCAACAAGCAUGUGCAGCGGCGACGGCACCACCGCAUUACGCGCCCCGUCACGACCGAUACGUCGAACGGAGUGCUAUCUCGCCUGGGCGACCGCCUCGCCCAGGGCCGUGUCCCGUCGCUCCUGUGGCAGAUGACGACCGAGAGCUUGCGGCCGCGUGCGCAGGGCUCAGACCAAGGCGUAUGGCUCCUGGGAAUGUACCAUGGGCCGACCGAGACGCGCCCGGCGCCCGAGAGUACAGAGACGUCCAGCACGAGCACCGAGUCGGGCAAGGAGCCGAGCGAGGGAAGCUCGGAUACGAGCGAGGUGCGCCGCCGGCGGGCAUGGCGUGCCGCGCUCGAACACGAUGUGUCGAGCGUCGUUUGGUGCACGUAUCGCUCCAAUUUUCCGCCGAUCGCCCACGACGGCUACAUUGGCGCCGACGAGGAGGCGGCCGCCGCCGCGGUCUCGGCAGCGACCGAGGAGCUGUGCUCUGCGCCGCCCGAAGAAGAGGCGCCACCGGCGUCGCCGCAAGAGUCGACUACGCAGACGCUCACGCGCGUCCUGCUGCACCCCGGCGAGGUGCUGUACAGCUCCGCGGCCACGCGCGACUGGCUGUUGCAGCAGCUCGAGAGCCGCGGCUGGCAGCUCCCCGGCCUCUUGGCGCAGCUCCCGGUCGCGACCGGCGUGCAGUCGCGGCAGGAGCACGCGACGCCGGCUGUCGUUGCAUCGAGCCUGCGUGCGAUCCUCGGUGCGGUCGAGCACGACGUGCUGUUUGCGGUGCGUCCGCUGGCGGCGAGCGUGCCGAUCGCGCGCCUGCGCGACUCGCUCGUGUCGCAUCUCGGUGGCCAGUCGGGCCUGCCUGGCCUCUGGUGCUUUGUGAGUGCGCUGUACGAGUCGGUCUCGUCCAUCACGCGGCCGUCGGGCCUCACGACCGAUGCGGGCUGGGGCUGUAUGCUGCGUACGGCCCAGAGCAUGCUGGCGAAUGCGUUGCUGCGUGUGCACUUUGGGCGUGCGUGGCGCAUGCCGCCGAUGGCGGACGGCAAGGUCCAGUGGCGCAGUGCGGACGAGCAUGCAAAGUACGCGCGUAUGUUGUCCUUCUUUCUGGACGACCCCAGCGGUGCGUGCCCGUUUGGGAUUCACCGCCUUGCGGCAGAAGGCAAGCGGCUCGGCGUGGAUGUCGGGGCGUGGUUCGGCCCGAGCACGGCCGCAUCCGUGCUGAGGAACCUUGCGGAAGGCGUGCAAUGUGGCCUCGCGAUUGUCGCGACAAACGACGGCAUGGUGUACCUCGACGAGGUGCGCCACGCCGCCGAGCACGACGGCGUGUGGGCGCGCCCGGUGCUGAUCCUUGUGGCGCAGCGCCUUGGCCUGGAUGCAGUGCCGGCGCAGUACCGCGCUGCGCUCAAGCAUACCUUUACCUUUCCCCAGUCGAUGGGCGUUGCCGGCGGGCGACCGGGAUCGUCGUUGUACUUUAUUGGAUGCCAGCGCGACCAGCUGCUGUAUUUGGAUCCCCACACGUCGCGGCCUGCGAUCCCCUUUCGGCACCCCCCGCCGUCGCUGCGGGGCGUGGACGUGCUGCCUGCGUGUAAGCCGCAAGAAAAAGCGCUGUUGCGAGGAUCGAGCGAAGAGGGGCGGCGUAAGGGCGGCACUGCAAGAGACGGUGUGAAUGAAGAGGGUGUGAAUGCGAAUGGUGCGAUGGACAGUGCCAAGCACGGCACGACCAACGGCACGACGGCCGGUGCAAAGGAAAGUGCCACGGACGGCACGACCGACGGCGCGGCGGCCAGUGCAGACAAGGAGGAUGCAGCGCGUGCUGUGCGCGCCAACGAGGUGGCAAAACCCGCCGGCCCCCCCUCGGCGGCCGAAUUGCUUACAUCGUGGUACUGCCAUGCCUAUUCUACGAAUGAGCUCGCGACCUACCACUGCCCCAAUACCCACCUGAUGUCGCUGAGCAUGGUCGACCCCAGCAUGCUCUUUGGCUUCCUGGUGCGCAGUGAGAGCGAGCUGGGCGACUUUGUCGAGCGCGUGCAGCGCCUGUCUGCCCCCCUCUUUGGCGUGGCCGAGACGCGCCCCACGUACGACGACGUAGAGAGCGAGCCCGAGUGGGCCGAUGCUGUAUAA